AUGUGCAAUAUGUCAGUGAGUGACAACAUCAUGAUCCCACAGCCUGUUCUUUUAGUGCCUGCUGAUCUGUGUCAGUGUUGCUGGUGAUGUGUUGUGUGUUCUGUGUGUGGGGGCUGGGCUGCCUGCUCUCAGCGUUUUAUCUCCUCCCAUUGCCUGGGGAAUUCCAGCCUGGGAUCUGUCAUAGUGCAGAUCCAUCAUCCUCCACUCACUGCAACUGUCACCCUGCCACUGCCAGCCACAGAUACAGUCCAGCCGUGACCCUGAUUUUGUCUUAAAUAGGGGUGCUGGUGGCAUCUUAUGGCAC